AUGACUAAGAAGUCUUUCAAGUGCAAUGAAGAAACUCCAAUAAGACUAAACCGAUUUAUGCUAAUUCAUUUGCGUUUCUUUCAAUACUUCGGUUUGUGUCCAGUAUCCAUGCAGUUGCAAGAUGACCACGACCAUUGGCAGUUGAAGAAUCAUUAUCAUUUGGUUUGGUUGGGCUUUCACUUAUGUGCUUUUAUUACGCUACAUACUUUCGUUAUACGUAACGCCCAGAAAUUAUUCUACACAACCGACAGUUUUGGACUAUUCAAUGACAUACUUAAGUUAUCGGCAGCUAUUAUAGCACACUACGUCACAUUAAUCGAAAUGAUUUUCCGACGUAAGGAAAUGCAUAGAUUUCUACAAAUCUACACCAGCCUGUACAGAAAUCGUUUACAAGUCGAUUCAUCCAAAUAUAAAAAAAAUUCCGCCUAUACUUUUCGCCGCUUCAUAUGUAAUUAUAUUGGUUUCUUCACAAUAAUGUGGGCAAUUGAUAUAAAUUAUCUUACAAAUCCAAGUAACAGUUUACAGAUAGUUAUGUAUUUUAUAAGUUAUAUGCCCAGUGUACUUAUCUGUAGAUUCCGUUUAAUACAGCUUAUGCUGUAUCUGGAAAUGUUGCGUAUUGAGAUUGAAAAUUUAAAUGAGCGCUUGGAUGAAUUGAUUAGCUCAUGCUUAAAACUUUAUGAGCAGGGCGUCAAAAUUGCAAUUGGUGGAAAUUUGGAAGCAAAUAUUUUAACAGAACUGAGAUCCAUUAUGUUGCAUUAUAGUCAAAUUUAUGAUAUGUGUGAAGUGCUAAAAGCCAGCUUAAAUUGGUCUACUCUGUUAAAUUAUGUAAAAGCUUACGCGCAAAUUUUGGUUGAUUGUUAUUGGUCUUAUUAUAUGGUUUAUGUUGGUAGUGAUAUUGUUGAAUAUACUUUGAUAUUGCCUACAGUAAUUAUAGUUCUUCAAUUGCUUUUAACUUCGAGAAACUGCAUGCGUUCGGCUCAGUUCUUUGGUCACAACAUUCACAAAUUAAGACAUAAUAUUGAAAACGUUCGAAUCGCAGCACUUAUACAAAAUUUUUCACUGCAAAUACUUCAUCAACAAAUUGUGAUUGAUGUCCAUGGUUUUUUCGUACUAAAUUGCGACUUAGCCAGAUCGAUACUUGGCUCAAUAACCACAUAUAUGCUGUUUUUUAUACAAUUUAUGCCUAAGUUUCAAACAAUUUGAACUCAAAAAUAUAUUUGUUUACUAAGAAAACAUUCCAUAACAGCAGAGAAACAUGGGUACAAAAAUUGGUUAAAUAAUUUUCAGAAGAAACCGUAAAAGUGCUUUCGUAAUACAAGCCAUUCGGUGAGCCCGUGGCGACAAUGCGAUUUGGGAUGUUUUUUUUUUUGAAAACAAACAGAAGAAGAAAUUCGAAACAAAAUAAA